UUUAUAGUAAUACCUCUUAAAUACAGCAGCGCGGAUACGUUCGGUAAAAAAUAUAAUACUGCUACUAAGCUACACCUUCCCUUGAGUAGGUGCCAUAAGACAUGAUGGAAUCGCUUUCUGAAGCACUUACUUUGAGGACUAAGGUCUUUGUUUGGACAGAAACAGUUUUGUUAGCUGUUAUCAAUGCUGUGGCCUUCUUUGGUAAUCUUCUAACUUGUUAUGCCGUGUACAGAAACCAGAGACUUCGUACGCUACCCAACAUGUUUGUGAUAGCGCUUGGUGUAAGCGAUAUUCUGAUGUCCAUCUUCUGUAUGCCUUUUUCAGUUGUAACUCUGUUUCACGGCCGCUGGAUGUUUGGUGAGAGUUUUUGUCGUUUUGACGGUUUUGGAGCAUUGACAUUUGGACUUGCUGCUCUUCAGACCAUGGGAUUAAUUGCAGUUAGUCGAUAUUUUUGCGUUGUCAAACCAGAAAAGUACGCGGUGUUGUUCAAAAAACAAAGAGCUUUGCUGUACAUUGCUGUUGUGUGGUGCGUAGCUCUCGCUGGAUCUGUGCCUCCAUUCUUCAUGAAGAACGCUGGCUUCGAAUUCCAGCCUGGUAAAGCCAUGUGUUUGUACACAUUUGAGAGAAGCAUUCCUUACGCCGUGUUUCUUGGGUCCGUUUAUAUUGCAGCACCCUUAACAGUAAUUAAAAUCUGCUACGCCAAAGUGUUCUACACAGUGUCUAGAUCAAACCAAGUUUUCUCGCUGGAAAAUAAUCUGUAGCAGCUCAGAGUGAACGUGGAAGAAGCAAAAGUGACCAAGACUUUAGCAGCAGUAAUGGUCGGUUUUUCAUGUUGUUGGCUUCCUAUUGGUGUAAUGGACUACAUCGAUGUCGCACAAGGGAAACCCACCUUUCCGCGACAGGCUUACCUUACAUACGGGUUCUUGAUUUACCUAAGUAGCACCAUUAACCCCUUUAUAUAUGGGGUAACAAAUAAACAGUUCAGGCGAGAGUACAAAGCUAUUUUGAGACAAAUUCUUUGCUUUCGGUGCCAAAAUAAUCAUGAGAAUUAGCAUAAAGCAAAGCUUUCACGUACUUUAUUACAGGUUCAGAGGGGUUAAAGAAAAAAAAAAUCCAGUUAGUGGUAGGGAGGAGGAUUUGAAUCAGGGACCUCCCGAUUUCAAACACAGCGCCCUAAACCACUCGGCCUGAUUAACUUUAAUUUGUAAACUCGACAGUUUACUGUAAAAUGUAUCUAUAGAUAAACCAACUGGGCCAAAAGUUGUAGAGGAUUGGCAGAUCCACACACCCUUAUUCACAUCCAUCUCCCCUCUGUCUACUGGUGGAGCGGUUCUGCGGUGAAAUUAAAUA